CUCUGCGCGAGCGUAUCAGUCCGCUCCUCUCAAGCCCCGGCCUCCCACCGUAAAGGAUGUGCCGGCUGCUAGCCAAGCCGUCUCUUACUCUGUGUGCCCCGUGCACACGCAUCCAGAGGGGAUCGCUACUGUCGGUCGCGCCGCGAGCCCCAGUCGACUGUUUGCGGAACAGGCUAAAGCACUUGCUGCGCUCCCCUCUGCUGAUCCCGUUGCACAUUAAAGAGCGCGCCUGCCCGGCCUCUACCUUGUCUUUGCUCUUUAUCCUGCCCUUCCUUCUUUCGCAGAUCGCCCAAGAUGGACCACGAAAAGGUCGCUCCCAUCGACGAGAAGGCGCCUCAGGGCGUUAGCCAGCCCACUGUCUCUUCCCAGGAUGAGUACAACGGUGAAUGGCGUGAACAGGAGGACUUCAUGACCCGCAAUGGUCUCAACCUCAAGUCCUUCCAGCGCCGUCCCAAGGGCGGCCCAAUGGUCGUGCUCGACAAGUCCAUGAAGACACGUCACUUGCACAUGAUCGCUAUUGGUGGUUCCAUCGGUGCUGGUUUCUUCGUCGGUUCCGGUGCCGCUCUUGCUACUGGUGGCCCUGCCUCUCUAUUCUUGGAUUUCUCCAUCAUGGGUGUGAUGAUCUUCAACGUCGUCUACGCUCUUGGUGAACUCGCUGUCAUGUACCCGGUUUCUGGUGGUUUCUACACCUACUCUACUCGCUUCAUCGAUCCGUCUUGGGGUUUCGCCAUGGGAUGGAACUACGUCUUCCAGUGGGCCAUUGUCUUGCCUCUCGAAAUCAACGUUGCCGCUCUCACAAUCGGUUAUUGGCCAAACGCCGCAAGCGUUCAUAUCGGAGUAUGGAUGUUCCUGUUCUGGGCAUUCAUCGUCGUUAUCAACAUCUUCGGAACUCUAGGGUACGCCGAGGAAGAGUUCUGGUCUUCUUGCCUCAAGCUGUCCGCCGUCGUUAUCUUCAUGAUCAUUGCUUUGAUCUUCGUUCUCGGUGGAGGUCCCAGCAGGGGUAUCUACGACGAGUACUGGGGCGCCCGUCUCUGGUAUGAUCCCGGUGCCUUCAGGAACGGUUUCAAGGGUUUCUGCUCUGUCUUCGUCACCGCUGCCUUCGCCUUCUCUGGUACUGAGCUUGUCGGUCUCGCAGCUGCUGAGACUGCCAACCCCCUGAAGUCUCUUCCUGGUGCCGUCCGUCAGGUGUUCUGGCGUAUCACCCUCUUCUACGUUGUCGGCCUCACCUUUGUUGGUCUGCUCGUCCGCUCAGACAACGAGGAUCUUCUCGGUGCAUCAGGUGCGAAUGCCUCGCCCUUCGUCAUUGUCGGUCGCGACGGUGGUCUUCCUGGAUUCGACAGCUUCAUGAACGUCGUCAUUCUCAUCUCCGUCAUCUCGAUCGGUGUCUCCGGUGUGUACGGUGGUUCCCGUACCCUGACUGCGCUUGGCGAGCAGGGUUACGCUCCCAAGAUCUUCACCUACGUUGAUCGCUCUGGUCGCCCUCUCUGGUCCGUCGUCUUCAUCCUUGUCUGGGGUGCUCUCGCUUACAUGAACCUUGCCGCGACCGGUGAGACUGUCUUCACCUGGCUUCUCUCGUUGUCUGGUCUCGCUGCUCUGUUCACCUGGGGAUCCAUCUGUCUCUCUCACAUCCGCUUCCGCAAGGCCUGGGCUUACCACGGUCACACCGUUGACGAGAUCCCAUUCAAGGCUGCUGGUGGCGUUAUCGGAUCUUGGAUCGGUCUCGCUAUCAUCUUCAUCGUUCUGAUGGCUCAGUUCUACACUGCCGUCUCUCCUGUUGGAAAGAGCGUUGGUACCGCUGAGGAUUUCUUCAAGUCCUACCUUGCUCUCUUCGUCGUCAUGGCCUUCUGGAUCUUCGGUUACUUCUGGAAGCGCACUGGAUGGCUCAGGACCGCACAGAUGGAUGUCGACACUGGUCGCCGUGAGCUUGACUGGGACCUCAUCAACCGCGAGCGCGAGGAGAUGAAGACCUGGCCCGCGUGGAAGCGCCUCUGUGCCCGCAUCUUCUAAGCACAUCGCUAUGCAACUUGUUGCAUUGCAAUGCUUGUGGAUUGUGGAUGUACGGGGAUUGUCGCAACGUGUGACGCAGAGAUGAUACCUAUUAUUUAAGUGUGUAAUACUUACCUUCGCUCAUAUGAACGAAAAUUCUGAUUCCGA